UGCUGACUGUGCAUCAAAAGACCGUUUUGUUCGCUUGCCUCCGCUCUUUCUCGUGAACGCUGUAUACCGAGAUUACCGAGGACUGUGACCGAAGCACGAAGGCACCGAGACCGAGUCAUUCUCAAAUAAUUCGAAAGAUUCCAAACAAAACUUACACAACAGUUUCAUGACAUGCCAGAGAAGAUAGAAGUCGUGUUUUCGUGGGCAGAAAAGUAAGGUACGCGAAGUGUGCGUGGUUGGUUGUUUUUUGUUUUCGGUAGUGAUUCCCAAACAAUUGAAAAUUUUGACUUUGUUGAGCUGUUGAUGCGAGAUAAGCAUCGCAAGUAAUAUAUAUUUCGUGAUUCGCGUUGUAAUAAUUUAUAAUAUGCAAUAUUUCAUCGUCGUGUUUGUUGAUGGAUGAGGCUGUCUAAAGGCGAACGUUUAUAUUGAAGGAACCUUUGAAGAAUGUGGACCUGAUGUUAUCUGAAUCGGAAUAAACGAAUCAAGGGAUGCAGAAUCAUGGAGGGUGCCCAUAUUGUCGCCAUCGCUGUGUUGAUUAUGGUGGUGUUCAUGGAGUUUGUGUCUUCAGACACCAUGUACAUGGUAUCCGUGCCGGAACCCAUAUCACUGCCGAUCGGCUUCGAGACAAUGCUCACCUGCGAAAUGGACAUCGAGCCCGACAAGUUCCAAUGGAAGUUCUAUCCUACCGAUGAGCCCUAUAACGCCGACGCCUACAUUGACUUGUCCAACGGGACGUACGAGCUUCUGCCGCCGCAUCGGUCCUUCGCUUCUGGUCGCAAGAAGUCAGCGUUGACGUUGCAGGUGAACGGCACCAGCAGCGCCGGCGACUACCAGUGCCUGGCCUAUUACGGCGCCUUGGCGGUGGCGUCGGUGCCAUGGCGCGUCACCGUCGCCGUCCUGGCCGCCUUCCCUCGCCAGCCGCCCGUCGACGCCGUCGUCGCGGCGGGCAACACGGUGCUGUGGCGAUGCCUGCCGCCGCCCGCCUCCAAUCCGCCUGCCUUCGUCGAGUACUACAAGGGGGAGGGAGAGGAGACUGUGUCGGCGCCUUAUAGCGAAGUCAAGUCAUUGGUACUGCCUAACGUGAGUACCAAAGAUUCAGGGGUGUAUACCUGCAAGGCGACCAACACUAUGAAGUACGUGAGUUCGAGCACCCGCUUGAACUUGCAGGUGGUGACCUACCCUCCUAUGAGAGCGCCUUAUUUCAUAGUCGAGCCCAGGAAAACGUAUAGCGUUCUGAAAGGCGAUACAGUAUUAUUGGAAUGCGCCGCCAUAGGCAACCCAGUGCCCAAAGUCAUCUGGUUCAAGAAAAAUGCCCAGCUACCCUCGGACCGCAUUGAGAUGCUAAGCGGCGGCUUGAAAAUAAAGAAUGUGUCCUCGACGGACGACGGCACGUACUUCUGCAACUUCACCAACGCUUAUGGUACCGCCUCCCACCGCAUAGAGCUCACCUACAACGAGGAGCCUACCAUCGACUGCCCGACCAACGAGACGGACCCGAAGCAGGGGGAGUACCUCGAUUUGGCAUGCUCGGUGAAAGGGGUACCCGCGCCCAGGUUGUCGUGGUUCCUUAACGGGUUCUCCGUGCUGAACGACAGUUUGGUGGAGGUGUCGGGCAGCCGCAUCAACUUCACGCGGGUCGAAAAACGCCACGCCGGCAACCUGCAACUCUUCGCUCGCAACGCCGCCAAAACCGUAUACGCCAGCAUAUACGUGAGCGUCAUCCCGAUCGCGUCGACGGACGCGGCCGAGCAGCCUUCGAGGCCGCGCCAUCGACCGAAGCACAAGCCGGGGUCCACCAGGAAGCCGGCCAAGGUGGCGAAGACGCCGAAGAUGAUCGCGCCCAGUCGGCCGGCCAUCGCCAGGUUGACGGACGAGUCGGUGGCGGUCAGGUGGACCGUGCCUCACGAUACAGGCUUGCCGAUAUCCUUCUUCAAGGUGCAGUACAGGGACCUCGGCCCCGCCAGCAGCCCCGAGUCCUACAACAAGAGCCGGUGGCGCACCGCCAACGAGGACAUCGCGCCCAACCUACGCGACUACCACGCGGCCAACCUGCUGGCCGACCACGUGUACCGAUUCCGCAUCGCGGCCGUCUACAGCAACAACGACAACAAGCUCAGUCCCAACUCGGAGCGGUUCCACCUGAAGCGGCUGGACUUCGACGCCAGGAAUCCGCUGCCUGUGCCGCUGAUCACGCACACCGAGACGGUGAACACGACCGCCGUAAGGAUACAUUGGAAGGUCACCAUAUCGACAAACAUCAGUGUAGAUGGCUUCUACAUCAGUUUCAUGUCAGCAUCCACUGCUGGGGACUAUAUGAAAGCCACCGUGGAUGGAGAGAACACCAGGGAAUUCGUUCUCAGUUAUCUUGUGCCGGACACCAUAUACGACAUCAAAUUGCAGAGCUUCAACUCGAAACAUGCCAGCGAAUUCAGUCCUAUCAUGAAGGCAAGAACGGAAGGUAAUCAUUCACAGAGCACAACCACUGCGGCUCCGAUGUUGCCCCCUCGAGGUGAAAAACAAGAAUACAGUCUUUACGUCAUCGUUGCCGGAGCUGUGAUCGGUUGCGCCUUAUUAGUGUGCGGGAUAACGUUGGUGUUCGUAUGCCGAAAAUGGAAGCAGAAGAAGUCAGUCGACAAUCGUGACAAAUCAGUGGACGACCACCACAUCCAAGUGGACGGAAACGAGUAUGUCGUCGGUCCGAAAACCAUUCCCAAAUCGAACGGUUGUACUCCGAAUAGAAUAACUAUAACUGCGAAUCCGUUAGCAGACGCGGACAACAAGAAUCAGAACAUGAUUGAGAUGAGUUGUUUGACCGCUCAAAAUAACAAUUGCGCAGCCGCGAGACAAGAGACGUCGACGGGUGACAGGCAGGAACCUCCCGCCAACUCGAAAGACAAGAAAACUAAGAGCAAAGACAAAAACAAACACAAAAGACUCUCGGCAGAGAAUGUGCCGCCAGGCGAAAAUUAUGUUUAAUGUUUUGUGAUUUUUUGUAUAGCAAGUGAUCUUUUAGAACUUUUAGAACAAUUUUAGUGAAAUGUUCAAGUGAUAUUUUCGAAUAAUUGAAGGUUAAUGUUGGUGUAUCUCGUGAUGGUGCAUAUUUGUCGAAUCUAGAUGUUUUGAAUGUUCUCUCUUCUGAGAUUUGCCACUCAUUCAAUAACGGAGAGAUAAGUCUAUUGGUUAGAUGAAGGUAUCAGUUUCAUGGUUCAUUGAACUUAUUUCAACUCAUUAUCAUGGUUGCCAAAACAACCCUCGGAAGUCCUUUUGAAAACGUGUAGAAGAUUUACGGUUUGAUAGUAUAUUACGUAAUAUCUGUUGUGAGAAUUCUUAUUAUGGAUGGAGGCUUCAAAAUGGCAGAUGACCUAACGUUUCAGUGGCCCUAUGGGGUGGACAUUGAUGAAAUAAACCUCUGGUGUAAGCACUCCAAUCCUUUCCUGUUUUACAAUUCCGUGAAUUUCUCCUACUUCGAUAAACAUUACAUGACGUGGGUGAAUCCGUUACCAUCGAGAUUAGAAGGCUAGCAUACUCUGACGUGUACAGCUCGUGACGUCACCUAAGAGAGGCCAGUGUUUUAACGCCUGUCGACUAAUGCGUCAGUUCGUGUUAAUUCAUGUUCGGUGAUUCAGGUAUGUUUUUGAAGCGGUACCGAAUUCUUUUGUUGUUUAUUCAUCAAAAUAAUUGGCGAAAAAAUUACUGUUUUGUGAAAUAUUUUGUGUUGUGAUAGGCAAAAUAACAAUGCCUUUCAAGUGUUGUGUUCCCUAUUGUCGGGGGAAUUAUGUGGGUGGUCCAAAAGUUCAUGCUUUUAGUUUCCCGUUGGACGAGAAACUAUCGAAAAAGUGGGUAUAUGCAAUUCACCGCGAGGAUUUUACUCCAUCUAAGUACAGUAGAGUAUGUGAAUUAUAUUUUACUAAAGAUAUGCUAUUAUUACUACAUCUACUGCAACCGAUUCGAAAACUGUCAUAACUGUAACGAUAGAUUUGAACAUUCCUAGGCUCAAACGAGAUGUUAUUCCUAUUCGAUUUUCUAACUGUCCAUCUUAUUUAUUGAAAGGUGUGAAAUUACGCACAAGUCGUGAUGAAAAACUUGAGAUACUAGACACUAAAAAUUUGGCAAAAGCACUUACCAAAAGUAAAACUGAAUUCGAAAAUUACCAAAAAUCAUUUUGCUACACAGAAUUUCAAGAAUUCCUAGUUGUAUUAGAGUCUUUUCAGUUGCAGUUCAUAUUGUCUUAUUCUCGAGGGCCCGUAAUUACAUAUUCGGUUGUGAUUGAUUCUGUUUUGAAUGUGGAAUCAUUUUUGUAUGGCCUAGCGAUACAAACAUCUCUAAAAGACACCUUCCAUCUCUAAUAAUAUCAAUCAAAUCAAGGAGUUACUAAUUGAAAUAGAUAUAAACGAGAUCAAUGGUUCGGGGAAUUUUCUUGAUAAUCAGAAAAAGAGGGUUUUGAAACAUAUUUCGAAUAUAUUGGACUCUUUGGUUUCUGACUCGGUUUCAGAUCUUGAUAAAGAUUCUGGAAACACUUCAGCUUCAUUGUUCCUCUCUGAGAAAAUUAAAUUACAUACAAUCCUGCAAAGAAAGAUAUCGUUAUUCGAAUAAUACCAUACUUUUAGCCUCCAUAAUUCAUACAAUAAGUCCACAUGCUUAUAAUUUUUUAAGACAUUCUGGAGUACUCAUAUUACCUCAUUCAGGUACAGUCAAAUCGAUAUGUAAUUAGUUGUUAACAGAUCCUACAUUCGAAGAAAGACAAAUGUCGUUAUCUCAUGCAGAAAAUGUAUUUAAAAGUUAUCAGGUGAACGUGAACAAUAUGUAAUUUUAAUGAUGGAUGAAGUUCAUAUAAAGCCAUAUUUAGAUUACAAGGCAGGCAAUAUUGUAGGAACGGCAUUUAAUAAUGCAUGUUCAGCAAAUUCCGCGUUUGUCUUCAUGAUAGCAAGCGUUAUGUCAAAUGUGAAAGAAGUUGUUCAUAUAGGUCCAACAUCAAAAAUAGAUCACCACAUGAUUUUUCCUUUAAUAAAGAGAGUUAUGAAUAAAUUAGAGGAAAUUGGUUACAGAGCAUUCUGUAUUAUCAGUGACAGUAAUGCUGUCAACAGUAAAGCUACGAGUGAUUUUGCAGAAAAUCCAAAACUGAAUUAUCCCGAAUUUGAAACAGGGGUUGAAAGAGUUGCUUCUUUUCAUAGUUUAAAAACUCUUCACGAAUUAGAACAUGAUAAAUUAUUAAAAUUUGGAUAUUCGUUGAACCUGAAGGCGCUAUUUCCCUCGAAUAUGGAAAGACAAAACGUCGCUUUGGCUCUUAAAAUUUUCAAUAAUUUCAUAGCACAAGCUCUUUUGAUAUUUGGAUCAAACAUUGAGAACUCUGAAGGCACUGCUGGAUUUAUCAACCUGAUACCUGGUGGAAAAUUGUGAAUGUCGAUCAAAUCACCCCUCAAGAGCAAACGUUUGAAUGAUGUGUUUCAAGAACCUAUCACAGCCAUAAAUUUUGGUUCCGAUGAAAAAUUCAUUUUCUUGCAUAAAAUGAUAGAUUGGUUAGAAACUUGGAAAUCUGCAAAUUCUACUGAUAAACUAACAAACCGAACACAUAAUACUGCUUUGAUCCAAACUAUAUAUGGAAUGACAGAAGUUAUACAAUAUUGUUUUAACGAACUCAAGAUUAAUUAUGAUUUACUAGGAAAAUUUCAAACAGAUGAUUUGGAACAUAGGUUCGGAAAAUAUCGUCAACUUUCAGGUGGACAAUAUCACAUAUCUAUUCGACAAUUGUAUGAAUCGGAAAAAAGGCUCAGAAUAACUGCUCACGCUAAAAUCUCGUACUUACGGUAAUAUACAAAUCAGGCGCUUCCACGAAAAUAUUGAUUCCACCGAAGAAAUCCAAGAAAAUCAUUCCUUCAAUCCAGAUAUCAUAGUCGAGGAAUCUGAUAUAAAUAUAGUGAUGACAUGCCGGUAGCAACCUAUUUAGCAGGUUAUUGUUGUUAUAUGAUGAAUUAAUAAUAGAAGACAAUUACUCUCUCAUAAAAAGUAUGAGUAGAGGAAAAUUACUCUAUCCGCAAGCAUGGAUUGUGCAGUUAGUUUUGUAUUCGUAUAUUCAGCAAAAUCAUCUCUGAAUUCGAGGAAAUAUUCUUGAAUGUUCAUAAUAAACGGGCAUUUUUAACUCAUUACAUUCUCAAAUUUCUUUCUGAAAACGGUCAUUUGCCUAGUGGCAAUGAAUGCAGAAUGCAUUCCAAUGAUCAAAUUGCAACUAUCAUAUUACCAUGUACUACAAACACUCUACUUAAAUAUUACUGUUUCAAGUCUAACGAUCAAUUAUUGGAAGAAAAAUCCAACAACAGGAAAUUGAAAAGACUCACUGGCUAAAUCUCGAUGGUAACGGUGAAUCUCGAUUAGUUUAGUCUGGUGCCGUAUCAAAAUUACAGACAAUGAUGUGAUAAUUGUGACCAAAUAGUGACCAAUGAAGACAGGUUGGUAGAACUGAUGUUGAUCUAAAGUUCUAGAAUCACGCCAUCUAACAUACAAUAUGUGAACACCACGUCAUCGUCUGGAAUUCAAUUGUUUAUGUCUGACGAAACAAAUGAUGAGUGAGCGCAUCAGAGGUUUUAUUUCAUCAAUGGGUGGGCAAUAAAUAAUGUUGGCCCUCAUUACAGGUGUAUCACUACUGUCAACCUACACUCAGUUCCAAAAAAAGUGACGCACUUGAUAUUUGACCUAUCUUCUUAAAAAAAAAAAGAAUAGUAGGUCGAUUUUUUUUUAUUCUCAAUUUUUGACUCAACCCUGUGUGUUAAUUGAGUAAUGGCAUAGAAAGUGCUUGCACCCUAUACGAAAGAGGCUUCUUUGCGAGCAUUUUGUUUUUUCAUUCAUUGAUUUAUCUCUAAAAUUUUCCGAAUUACAGUUUUUUUGCUGAAUCCUUGCAGAUUACCAACUUUCUGAAUUUAUCGAGAAACAAUUUUCUAAUGAAAUAAACUGAUACCAAUAAUUUUAAAAAACGUGUAUUGCCUCCUCUAUAGUAACUCUAAGAACUUCUAAUCUACGAGGCAUACUGGAAAUUAAGUUGCUUAUUGUUUCCAUUGUUAUACGAUCCCAUUCUUCCACUAAUGCAUCUGCCAUUUCUGCGAGACUUUCCGGAGACCUCUCGCGAGAAUGUACUCUUCUCCCUAAUUCAUCCCACAAAUGUUCUAUAGGAUUCAUAUCGGGGCUCCUCGCAGGCCAUUGUAAUGUGGUAAUACCAGUAGCUUCUAAGAAGUUUCGCACUAUUGCUGCGGUGUGUGGUCGGGCAUUAUCCUGCAUCAAUAUAAAGUUAUUGCCAACUAACUCUGCAUAAGGUAAGACAUACUGCUCUAGAAUGUCAAUGUAAAUUUGGGCCUUCAUCGACUGUCUCACCGGAAAAACAUGAAGGGGUGUAUUUCCAUUCAUUGAAAUCCCUCCCCACACCAUAACGGACCCACCAUUAAAACUUUCGCAUUCUGUUAUUGCAUUUUGAUUAAACCGUUCACCAGUUCUUUUCCACACUCUUUUUCUUCCAUCCACCAUGUUAAGGCAAAACCUUGACUCAUCCGUAAACAAGACAUUCGACUGUUCAGGAAUAUUCCACUGUCCAUAAUUUUCAACAAAAUUUCUUAUAGCAGCACGAUGUUCGGGCAAUAAUUUGGGACCUUUUGCAGGUCUCCUAGCUUUUAAAUUAACUUGUUCUAGACGUCUACAUACCGUCUGCUUACUUACUGCAACAAAUUUGGUGAAGAUCUUGCUGAACAUCUACCGCAGUAUUUGAUCGAUUCCGUAAAAUCCGCAAUCUCAAGAAUUAAGUGAUCAUCUCUUGGAGAAGUUUUUCGGAGGCGAGCAGAACCGACCCUCCGAGCGGUGCUUCCUGUUCGUUCGUACUUGCGGAUUGCUCUACGAGCAGUUGCUUCAUGAACUCCCACUGCACGAGCGGCGUAACGUUUACUACGCCCAUCGUUUACUAACGCAACUAAUCUUGCUGAUUUAUUUGAGGCAUUUUAUGUAAUUUUAGUCAAUGAAACAAGACAUUUAAUUAAUGACACAACGACGAAUGGUCAAAUAUGGAGACAUGCAACAAAUUAGUUGCUAUGGCAACGGCAUUCGUUUUUUUAAAGACAAUGUGAUCCUACCAGAGUACAACCCAAUCAAUUUUGAGUACUCUGAUCCUUCAAUAAAUUUAAUUUAUGGGAUAAGCGUAAGGUAUCAGCAAAAAAGCUGUAAUUCGGAAAAUUUUAGAGAUAAAUCAAUGAAUAAAAGAACAAAAUGCUCGCGAAAGAAGCCUCUUUCGUAUAGGGUGUAAGCAUUUUGCAUAUUAUCAUUCAAUUAAUACACAGGGUGGGUCGAAAAGUAAGAAUAAAUCAUUUUUUAAGACAAAUGCAUUACCUACCAACAAAUGGAAAAAAAUCGGCCUACUAUUUUUUUUUAAAGAAGAUAUAUCAAGUGCGUCACUUUUUUUGGAACUGAGUGUAUUUAGGUGAGAAUAAAUUGAAAAUUGUAACGAUAUCGAAAAAUAUUCGAAAAAAAAAACAUUUUCCAUUUUCUCGAAUAAAUGCUAGUCGGGUCUGCAAAUUGAUAGUCAAGGCGAGGUGCAUAUUACACUUUUUCGUCGACCUCAAACACCUAUAUUUACAUCAUGGUCCUAUUCACACGUGAAAUCUAUCGGAUUUCGUGAAUAUUAAUUUGACAACAGCAAAUGACAGUUGUUGUCAGUCAACUCACUCUCCGCGCGGACCAGGGUUGCCAGUUCGAUUUUCAUUCCAUCUGUAAAUAAUAAUAAUUCAGUAGAUUUCAAUAGAUCUGGUCAAGAUCCAUUUUAUGCUAUACGAAUUCCAAGAAAGGAUAAUAUUUUUGGUUCAUACAUAUAUUAUCAUUAGCACCUAUAUGUUAACAGGGUGUAUCUGAAUAACACCGAAAAAAUUCGAGGGGUGUUCCCUUGUGACAUCCUAGCAAAUGGAGUUCAUAGAAACAUGUGUCCUAACUUGCUCCGUUUUUGAGAUACAGGAUGUUGAAGUUGGAAGUGUUAAUUGUUUUUAUGUAUAACCUCCCCAUGCAUGAGCUUUCAUGGUGCCAAAAUUCAGUAUGGAUGGAGACUGAGAAAGCCCUAAAAUUUCAAAAUGAUUGUGAUUGGGGUUAUUGCGUAAUCUCAAUGAAAGUCUUGAAAACACCAACAGUAAAAUUUGGAGUCAAAUCGAAUUUUUAUUGUUUCCUCAAACACUAAGCUAGAUACAAAAAUCACAGAGAGGAUAAAAAGUUGUUAUUGCAAUAGUUCAAUCCAAUAAUAGUUAUUUAUUAUGCAAGGGAAAAAAGUAGUAGAUUUUAGCUCCAGGUUGUGUUGCCUCCCGACGCGUAGCGGAGGGAGACAAAAAACCGUGAGCUAAAAUCUAAUAUUUUUCCCGUGCAUAAUACACUAUUUUUUUUUGUGACAGAAAAAAGGACGAAUCAAUAUUGAGAAGAUAUUACAUUAUUUUGAAAUCUGAAAAUUAUCGACGUGAAAUUUUAAGUUUUUAACAGUAUAGGGACACCUGCGUUGUAGGCAUUUUUAUCAUUCUUUUGAAGUAAUCAAAUAUCUGAUGUCACUUCUGUCAGUCUAAUUCUGUGAUCUCAUUAAAAAAAAUUGCGAAUUUAGUGGUUGUUUAGUAAUAUACGUAACCGCGAAGUCGAAUGGAAGAUAAAAGGAGUUCUUUCUCGGAGACGGUAUUAUUGACUCAUUUUUCGGAACUAUAGCACAACAAAAGCCAUCAACAGUGUAUAUAUAUAUGUGACAUAUAUCAAGGAAGAAAGUAAUUUAUGAAAAGUUACAUUUUAUAACCUGCCAACGAGAUGAAAUGCCAAACUUUUUUCCCGUCACAGAAAAAAAAUAUGAAACUCAGAAAAACCGGUGGUGUACAAUGACAUUCACCAUGGAUAUCGAUAAAUUCACCCACUGUUACGCCACUGGAAAUAUUAUUUCGAAUCUAAUUGCACUAGAAUAAGCUACAUAUUACUAUUAACAAAACCACAACGUUUUAUUGAAAUUGAUUAAAAGACAAUUGAGAAAUGAAUAGAAGAAAGAUUUUUCAUGGAAAUAUUGAUAACCUGUAUCUCGAAAACGAAGGAAGUUAGGACACAUGUUUAUAUGAACUUUAUUUCCUAAAAUAUCACAAGAAAUCACUCCUUGAAUUUUGUCAGUGUUAUUUAGAUACAUUCUGUAUAUUUAUCACUUAUUUUGUAAUAUUAAUUUACACAGAGCGUGCCGAAAUAUCAUACAAAUUAUAAGUGAAUGUGAUUAACUGAAGAUUAAUAAUAAUAUAGGUAAUUUUGAUAAUAAAUUAGUGUCAGUAGAUUAUGAAAUGUUGCAGUAAAUUAGUAGAUCAAUAAGCAAAGCAGGAGAUCUACAGAAAAUUCAGUAGAACCAUAGAUGUAGAACUGAUGGCAACCCUGCAGCGGACGAAAAGUUUGUGUCUGCGGACGAAAAGUACUUGCCUUCGGGAAAAGUCUGUUUUUCGUUUGGAAAUUUGAACGCAAAAUUUGAUUUUUUUUGUAGAGGUUGACAAAAAAAAUAAUUUUCAACCAACUUUUUCAAUAACUUUUUGAUACAUUAUCAUUCAACCCCUCUUGAUAGUAGUUUUUUUCAAUUUGCUGCUGUACCAGUGAUAACGUGACAAGAGAUUAGUGUCGAAUAUCUAGCUCAAGAAUCGAACACCAUACUGACAUGCCUAUAAAUUGUAUAAGAAAGACUUGCUCGACAGUUUGACCACUAUACCUACAAUAAUACUGCACGACGAAACUGUAUUAAAACCAAUAUCUCUAAAACUACUGUUAGCGCAUAAUUCCGAUAUCAGGAUUACUGUUCACAGGAAAAUUGACACCAUCAUCUAACUGAAAGAUUACCAAAACAAGUUGAUCGUCUACUGGUUUCUGAAUCUAGUUCCAUAAAAAUGUAAGCAGGGUUAGUUGCAUAUGUAACACAUGUUAUCAAUAAUGAUCGAGACAUUACUCAUCUGAUGAACACAUGUUGCCAUGAUAAAGGCACCUGUAAUAUUCAAUAUAGUCUAUCCAAAUACAUUAUGCAACUAUUCCUUCCUUUCAAGUUCAAAUGGUUAUUUUAUAUUUGUCAGACUACAUAUUUUAUCCACAGAAACAAGGGUUCAAAAUGGAUUGUACCAACUACAAGAACGUUGAUUCGAUACUAUCAAAACAUGUAAAAAAUUCAUUGUAAAUAGAAAAUUGUAUAUAUUGAUAUUCGCAAUUUUAAAUAUCGUAAUACUGAUUUGAGAGUUUUCCGAUAUAGCACCUUUCCUAUGUGAGGAAACAGAGAAUAUUCAUUAUUUAGGGGUAUAUCUUGUGCUGGUUGUUCAAUUGAACUCACUUAUAAAUGACAGCAAAUCAUCGGAAAACUUCUCAAAACAUUCGAAAUAAAGAAGAGCCAUCAAAGAACAAACAAACCAUUGCUUGCUAAAUGAUUGAUCUAGUUAGCGCUACACCAAACUUUUGCCUAUUCUGUCAUGAUCCUUAUUCAACCCUUUUCCUGAUACACCAUUUUGAAUUAGUACCAUAGUACCAACUGAUGAUUUGUGAUUUGUUUCAAUUCAGUCAAUGUAACUGUCUUGAAUAAAACAUAUAUCAGUCAGGAGGAAUCCAUGAAAAUGUGCAUAUGCUUAUAUUUUAGAAUACGCUCUCUUCAUUACAAAUAUUUUCGACAAUGGAGUUUUGCCGCUUCUACUAGAAAAUAGUAGCAACAUUGAUAUUUCAAAUGGAUCACCCUGUAUUUUAUUGUAUUUUCAGAUUCUUCCUGAAGAGCUGAUUUUAUCGCUAUAUCCGACUUGUGGUCUAUCGAAAAUGAUUACAGAGAUAUAGGGUGUUCAAAAUCGGGAUUUUGUCAACUUUAGUUUCUUUUGUGUCGAAACUAUUCACUAUCUACUGAUAUUCAAUCGGAACAGAUACUGGGUGGUUCAAGAUUCAGAAUUCUGAUCACCAUAUAUUUGUUCUGAUUAAAUAUCAGUAAAUAGUAAAUCGAAAGUUGAGAUAGGGACAUGUGAGCCGAUAAUGAAUAGUUUCGAGACAAACAAAUCCUUAAGUUGAAACAUUUUGAACACUCUAUAUCUCUGUAAUCAUUUCCGAUAAACCCCAAAUUUGAUGUUUGAUCUUCAGGGAGAAUCUAAAACUGCAAUGAAAUACAGGGUAUUCUAUUUGAAAUAACAAAGUUGUUGCUACUUUUCGAUAGAAGCGGCAACACUGCAUUAUUUUAAAUGAAGAAAGCAUUUUCUGAAAUAUAAGCAUGUAUAUUUUUGUUAAUUUCUCUUGACUGUGUAAGCUCAUCCUGACAUACCCUGUAUAUAUAGGGUGUUUCAAAAAAACCUAACCACCUUGCUAGGAGAGGUAGAACAUCGCAAAAUAAGUUGGGUUUGCUCAGUGGAAAAAUGUCGUGAGUACAUCCGUUUUCAAGAUACAAGGCGUUGAAAAAAUAUUUUUUUACACAUUUUUCAAGAUUAUGUUGAAACUACUGGCAACAUUGUAAUGAAAUUUUAUAUGGAUGUGUUUUGGAAGCUGACACAUCUCAUGAAUUUGUUUUCAUAUCUGACACUCAUAGAGGGCGCUAGUUAAACGGUUCGUACCGAGUAGUUUAGAACAUAACUUUUUUGAGGUUAGCUUUUUCAAUCCAAAUAUGAUAUGAACUUGAACAUCAUUCAAUUUUACACCAAAGAGGUACUGCUAGUGAAACUCGAUACUAUGUUCCGUUUUCGGAAUAUUUCGAUUUGAAAAUAAUGGAGUAAUAGCUGAUGCUGGUAUAAAAUGAAUUUUAUUGAGUUCAAUCACCUAUUUAUUCAGAUUCAAAAACAAUAGAAGUAUUGUUGUGAUCAAGUUAUUGAUGGAACAAAGAAUAAUAAGUAAAACAUUAAGAGAAUUUUGACUAGAAACAUGAAAUAUUGAAUCACUUAGAGCAAGUGUUCAAAACGUCCUACGUUUCGACGAACACACGAUCCUAUAUUCUUUUCUUGAGGAUGUUUUAUUCUUCUGAACAGUUGAGGAUCAGCUGUUAGUUUAUUUGAGUGAUGUACAAUUAUGUUUCACAACUCUUGACGUGAAAUUACCUAUGUAGCAUAGACUUUCUGCUCAAGAUACAACAAAACUGUGUAAUCCAUGUUCUUAGUCAAAUCUAUUUCAAUGUUAUUCUUGUGAUUCAUUGUUACAUCAAUAAGUUAAGCAUCAGAAAUGUAUUGUUGUUUUCUAUUCUCAAUAAAUAGGUGAUAAUUUUUCAUAAUACUCACUCUAAUACAUAGCUUUAUACCUGCAACAGUUAUCACUUCAUCAUUUUCAAAUCGAAAUAUUUCGAAAACGGAACACAGUAUCGAGUUUCACCAAGAGUACCUUUUUGGUGUGAAAUUGAAUGAUGUUCAAGUUGACAUCAAAUUUGGAUUGAAAAAUCCAAUCUCAAAAAAGUAAUGUUCAAAACUACUCGGUACGAACCGUGUAACUAGCGCCCUCUAUGAGAGUCAGAUAUGAAAACAAAUGUAUGCGAUGUGUCAGAUUCCAAGAGACAUGUAUACAAAAUUUCAUCACAAUGUUGCCAGUAGUUUCGACAUAAUCUUGAAAAAUGUAUAAAAAAAACGUUUUUUCAACACCUUGUUUCUUGAUAACGGAUGCCGUUACGAAUUUUUUUUACUGAGUAAACCCAACUUAUUUUGCAGUGUUCUACCUACCCUAGCAAGGAAGUCAGGUUUUUUUGGAACACCCUGUAUAACGUUUCACUGGUUGGAACUUUUUCCGAACUGAGCGCGUUCUGCGUGGUCGUAGCGUGGUCCACUGGAAAUUUCAAAAGUGAACCGAUGUCUAGACAUGCUUUCCACUGGCUUGCAAAUUUGCUGCUGCUCGCUCAGAGUUCGAAUUUUCAGAACCGUGUUUGGACGGCGGUGCGAUUCUCAUAAUCUCGAAUCAUCAUUUGGAUUACGAAGAUGUCCUAUCUCAUCGAAGUUGAUCCUUGAAUUCAUCAUGAAUCAAUUGAAAUACUUCGGUAGUGAAAGAGCAUUUGCCAAAUAUACAGGGUGUAAAUUUGAAAACUUUCAAUUCGAAUAUCUCGCGAAAUAAAAAAUUUAGAAAAACGCCGCUUGGCAAAAAUGCUAAAGAGUUAAGAAGAACUAGAACCACCAUAUUUCAGUGAAGGGAUGAGUCACCCUGUCAGCGCAACACACCCCAACUUUGAAAUGUCAAAUGGCUCUUUUGUGAUACCUCAAAUGAACGGUCUCAGUCAGUAGUAUUCACCUGUACAAGACUUUUUUUCCAUCCACUACAGGGUGUACGAAAAACAUUAAUUCGAGGGUCUAAACUUGAAAACAUUCAAUGCGAAUAUCUCGCUGAAUAAAACAGUUAGGAAAACGCCGUUUGGCACAAAUGCUACAGAGUUAGGGGGAACUACAACCACCAUACUUCAGUAAAGGGAUGAGUCACCCCGUCGGCGCGACACACUCCAUCUUUGAAAUUUCAAAUGGGACUACCUCUUUUGUGAUACCUCAAAUGAACGGUCUCAGUCAGUAGUAUUCACCUGUACAAGAUUUAUUUUCCACCCACUACAGGGUGAACGGAAAACAUAAAGUCGAAUAAAAUAAAAUGCAGAAUGCCGAUAUAUUCCGUGAGAUGUGUUCCAAAAUGUUAGAAUGGCAUUUGAAACUCGAUUAUACUAUUGCUUACAACAGAAUGGAAUGCAUUUUGAACAUCUGAUCAAAUAAAAUAUCCUUAAACACAAUUCAUUUUAUUUUAUUCGACUUUAUAUUUUUCGUACACCCUGUAGUGGGUGGAAAAAAAGUCUUGUACAGGUGAAUACUACUGACUGAGACUGUUCAUUUGAGGCAUCACAAAUAAGGUAGUACCAUUUGACAUUUCAAAGUUGGAGUGUGUCGCGCCGACGGGGUGACACAUCCCUUGACCGAAAUAUGGUGGUUCUAGUCUCCCUUAACUCUUUAGCAUUUUUGCCAAACGGCUUUUUUCUAACUUUUUUCUUUCGCGAGAUAUUCGCAUUGGAAGUUUUCAAAUUUACACCCUGUAUAUAAUAUAAGUGACUGCUCUGCGCUGGAACAGCACUUUAUGGAAAAAACAAACCAGUGCCACUUGUACUUGCUCAGUGUUAGUACGCUUUGCUAGUAAUUUGUAGAAACAAGUAUUCAGGAUUGUCCGGUUUGUAAUACAAAAAGUUCAACAGUGAGUUAGUUGUACUCGUUGAAAUAAUAAAAAAGAAUUAUAUAAACAUAUACUUUCUUGAAUGAAGCCUGAAUAUUGUUUUUUGAUGAAAGGUUCGAAAUGGUCUGAGAUAAAUCAACAAAAUUUCUCACAGAUCCAGAACUUUUUACGCUCUAUAAGUUGAAAUGAAAAUUAUUCCAUGAAGUUAACUGAAAUUUCAUUCUGUAUGUCCAGUUAUUAUUUUUCAUUCCCUUAGAUUUCUCAUAUCCUUAAUCUGGUUAAAUUCGAUAACGUUGUAACGCAUUGAAAAAAUACAACAGAACUAUUAUAUGCAGAAAUCUGUCUUUUCACAUUUUGUACUCAAAAAUGAAAAAUUGAAUACAUGAAGUUGGGGUGAUUUUUUUCCUCCACCACCCCCAGAUUCAGCAGCCACUGUAUCACUCAAUGGAAUAAUUUUCAUUUCAUCUUAGAGCGUAAAAAGUUCAGUAUAUCUGUGAGAAAUUUUGUUGAUUUAUCUCAAACCCUUUCGAACUUUUCAUCAAACUUUUCAUAGAAAAUGCGUUUAAAAGUAUAUAUUUAUAUGAACUUUUUUCUUUAUUUCAACGAGUAGUUUACAACAGACUGUUGAAUUUUUUGAAUUACAAACCGGACCACCCUGUAUGUAUAUGUAUGCCGCUCACUAGAUUUUUCCGCAUUUAGCUGACAAUGGACCAACUAUAUAUAAGGUUUUUCAUUCAUAUACAGGGUGUUUCAUAAUUGAAUGCUGAUCCUUAAGGGCGAUAAUCCUCGGAUGAUUUCAAAGAGAAAAGUUAUUGAGCUACAGGGUGAUGAAAUUUCAAGAAGAAAAUGAGUUUUUCAUCAUAAUUUUUUAUCACUCUUAGAUAUUGUUAUGAUAUUUUGUAUACACCUUUUCAUUAUUAAGGAGCAUUUUUUUACGUGAAAGAUAUUUGAAAAUUCUCACCAGUGGCGUCCGUACGGGGUUUGAACAGACAAUUUUUGAAGAAAAAAAUUGUACGCCACUGAUUUUUCUGAGAACCAGAUUUUUUUUCGAUUCUUAUUCAUUUUGAAGGAAAUUUGGUUCCUAGACUUACUUUCAUACAACGUACCGUUUUCGCGUAAAAAAAUAAAAACCAAAGAAUUUUGUUCCUUCAGUUCUUGGAUAUUGUUCUUGGUAAUUCAGUAGACACCCACUAUAAGUGGAAACACAUUUUGUUUUGGCACGAAUAUCAAACUUUUACUUUCACCAGUGAUGUCCUCGUAGACCUGAUAUCUCGCCUGAUAUUGAACGUUUUGUUUAAAAAAACGCUGUACGCUUCUGAUUUCAACACCCUGUAGCUCAAAAACUAAGAGGUCCAGGACAUAUGUUGAUAUGAACUUUUAUCCUUAAAAUCAUCCAAGGAUCAUCGCCCUUUAGGAUCAGCAUUCAAUUAUGAAACACCCUGUAUAUUAAAUAGCAAAUUCCAUUGGCAGGAACUGGUGGGGUGUUUCUUCACUAACUGUAUGUUCACCUUUAUUGUUUAACACAUGCGAGUAAGAAGGAAACAUAUACUAUUACAUUGAGUGCAGAAACACUUCACCAGUUAAUUUCAAUGAAAUUCCCUAUACGUUUUAUUGUUAUCACUAUUUUCAACGAGACUAAAAACUGUUUGCCAUUAGUUGUUAGUUUUUAUUUAUUUAAUUUGCAGGAUUAACUUAUUAGUAACGUUGACAACUAAUUAUAGAUUCCUAUAGACUUAGCAAGUUUUAUUUUUUUAAUUGUUUUUUUUACCAAUAUGGUACCUGUGUAUAUAGAUGAAAUUAAAAAAAAAACGUACUUACGAACUACGACUUCGUUCAAAAUCUUGUA